ACGCCACGAACCCUUGCACAUUGAGAAAGCCUCGUACCUCGUAAACCGAGUUGCAUGACACUGAUUCUCCAGGGAGGCAAAAAGUCUCCAUGAGGUGACCUGCCGUUAAUACCUCAAAACAAUCAGCACUCCUUUCCCAUCUCUUUGUACCUCUGCGCCAGUCCAACCUGUCUUGUUCGAUCUUGUCCACACGAGUGUCACUGUCAUACACCAUGCCAGGCCGAACGCUUCCCACGAUACCUCAAGCAGAGGUCGAGGCACACAACACCAAGAAGUCAUGCUAUGUGACGAUUGGCGAACGCGUUUUCGAUGUGACCGACUUCAUUGACUCACACCCCGGCGGCGGUGAAUUGGUACUAGAAUAUGCCGGCAAGGAUGUUAAACAGAUCAUGGAAGACGAGAUAUCACACUUUCACAGCGAGGCUGCCUACGAGAUCCUGGAAGAAAGCCUUGUUGGCUUCAUGCCUACCGAGCCCGUCCUGAAAGCCGCCACGAAUUCUUCGCACCCUGACCAAGUCGUCCCUCUCCCCGCGACCGCGAAUGGCAAAGAAGAGCUCAAGAAACAGGGGGUUGACACGGAUGAACUGCCCACCCGAGCCCCAUACGCCUCAACCGGUUUGUCGUCCGCCGAGGACCUCAGCAAAGACACGGACGUGGAGACGGACUGGAAGACGCACAAAUUCCUAGACCUCAACAGGCCUCUUUUCGCGCAGAUGCUCUUCAGCAAGUUCUCCAAGGAGUUCUAUCUCGAACAAGUCCAUCGUCCGCGACACUACCGGGGCGGUGACUCUGCACCUCUGUUCGGAAACUUCCUCGAACCCCUCACCAAGACGGCGUGGUACGUGGUUCCGACCCUAUGGCUGCCACCAGUGCUGUACGGCUCAUACCUGGGCCUCACCCAUCUGCCCGUGCCGCAGGGUCCCCUAUACUGGGCUCUGGGUCUGUUCCUAUGGACUCUGGUCGAGUACAUCCUGCACCGAUUCCUCUUCCAUCUCGACUACUACCUGCCUGACAAUCCUGUGGCUCUGACCCUGCAUUUCCUCCUCCACGGCAUCCACCAUUACCUACCCAUGGACAAAUACAGGCUGGUCAUGCCUCCUACGCUGUUCGUAGUACUCGCCACGCCGUUCUACAAGCUCGCGCACGCUGUCUUCUGGUAUAACUGGUACGCCGCUAUCACCGUCUUUUCCGGCGGUAUCUUCGGCUACAUCUGCUACGACUGCACACAUUACUGGUUGCACCACCACCAGUUGCCCAGCUUCGUGAGGGAGCUGAAGAAGUACCAUCUGGCCCAUCACUACCAAAACUUUGAGUUAGGAUUCGGCGUCACCUCCAAAUUCUGGGACUACAUCUGGGGCACGGAACUCCAGUAUGCGAAGCCGAUCAAAACUUCAUAAAGUCCUUGUUGUUUUCCCGACCUAGAGCGGCGGAACUUGUAUAAAUAUUAGCAUAGACAGGAUAGAAUGUCGUUCGAGAAUGAGCGUUGUGCUCCAUGGUUUGGUUUGUGCUGCAGCGCAGGUGUAGGAAAGGAUGUACUCUAUAAUAAUUUCUAAUGCUUGAACGAAAUUUCAUCACCCACAUACUGCUGCGAUACUGAAAGGG